UCUAAUGCAACAGUUCUGUGGGAAAUAGAUAGAUACAAAUUAAGAGUGGGUGGGUGCAUCAGUGUUCAUGGACCAGAUUAAACCAAGCCCUGCAAAUUCAUGUCCUCUUACCACAUUAACAUUUCUUGAAAGAGCUGCAGUUGUAUAUUGUGACUGCACUUCUAUUGUCUAUGACACAACCACUUAUACAUGGCUCGAUACCUACAAGCGGUGCCUAAGGAUUGCAUCGGUAAUCAAAUCGUUCGGAAUUAAGAGAGGUCAUGUAGUCUCAGUGGUGGCGCAGAAUAUCCCGGCCAUGUAUGAGCUCCAGUUCGCCGUGCCAAUGGCGGGUGCAGUAAUCAACGACAUCAAUACACGUCUUGAUGCUAGGAGUAUUUCGUUUCUUCUUCGCCAUAGUGAAUCAAAGCUAGUGUUUGUGGACUACCAUCUUCAAUCUGUAGUUCUUGAAGCCAUUUCUUUGUUUCCAUCAAAUCUGCGCCGUCCAAUCCUUAUUCUUAUCACUGAUGAUCAUCUUGAUCAAGAUUCAUCA